AUGUCCAUCGCACGCAGUGAGGACGUUGCUGAUUCUGUCUUUUCACACAGAAGUUGAUGAGACCAAUUAAUGUUCAAAAAGUUGCAAAAACAACACUUUGUUGGACUUUUUGUAGUCUUGAAGGAUCCCUACUUCUGUGAGACGGUCUAUUAUUCAUCGCUGCUGUUUCUGUGUUUGUCGAGUGAAAACUCUGGUUGUUUGUUUUUUUUGUUUGAGAGAAAAAAUCUGAAGAACGGCCAGCCAGACCUGAGACCAACAACGCUGGAGAGGACGACGCAGGCUUACACACGUGGGGAAUACGGACAAUGAGGCCAUAGCCUGUGAUGGGAACCUCUCAUCAAGCUGGAAGACAUCGGUGUCCUGAUUGUAGGUGUGGAGGUUCUCAGUGAUUUGGGGAGCCUGGCACUCUUGUGCGAGCUUAUCCUUCUCAAUCUGGAUGGAUGAAGAUUGUCCUCUAAGACACAGUUCCUUAAAAACCAAGCUUCUGAAGCAAGUUUGAAGACAUUUGUGUUGUUUGACUUUGAAGAUUCCAUUUAGAGGCAACCCAGCGCUGCAAGCAGGGACCGCUGUGAGGCGUGAGGAUGAAGAUUGCUGUGAUUGGUCAGAGUCUGUUCGGCCAAGAGGUCUAUAAGGAGUUGAGAAAAGAUGGCCAUACCAUUGUUGGCGUAUUCACCAUCCCUGACAAGGACGGCAAGGCUGACCCACUGGCUACAGAGGCAGAAAAGGAUGGCGUCACCGUGUUCAAGUUUCCUCGCUGGCGUGUGAAGGGCCAGGCUAUCCCAGAAGUUGUGGCCCAGUACAAAGCCACGGGUGCUGAACUCAACGUCUUACCCUUUUGCUCCCAGUUCAUCCCUAUGGAGGUUAUUGACCAUCCCAAACACGGCUCCAUCAUCUACCACCCUUCCCUGCUGCCUCGCCAUCGGGGAGCUUCAGCUAUCAACUGGACCUUGAUCCAUGGUGACAAAAAGGGUGGGUUCACUGUGUUUUGGGCUGAUGAUGGGCUUGACACUGGACCAAUUCUGCUGCAGAGGGAGUGUGAUGUUGAACCUAGUGACACCGUCAACACCAUCUACAAUAGAUUUCUCUUUCCAGAGGGAGUCAGAGGCACUGUGGAGGCAGUGAAGCUCAUUGCGGAGGGGAAGGCUCCACGGAUCACCCAGCCAGAGGAAGGAGCCACAUAUGAGUGCAUCCAAAAAAAAGACAAUUCAAAGAUUGACUGGAACCAGUCUGCUGAGGCCCUCCACAACUGGAUCCGAGGAAAUGACAAAGUGCCUGGUGCCUGGGCAGAAAUUGAUGGACAGCAAGUGACUUUCUAUGGCUCGUCACUGGUGGAUAAUGGCACAGCAACAAAUGGGCAGCCCCUGGAGAUCCCUGGAGCAAGCCAACCCGGCAUAGUCACUAAAGGGGGCCUCGUGCUGUUUGGUAAUGACGGCAAGGCACUGCUGGUAAAGAAUUUGCAAUUUGAGAAUGGAAAGAUGAUCUCUGCUGCGCAGUACUUCUGCUCCGGAAGCAGUGCUGCCGUGGAGCUGACUGAGGAGGAGAAAAGCUUUGCUGAGCAGAUGAAGGCAGUGUGGCAGAGCAUUCUCACCAACGUCAGUCAGAUUAGAGACUCCACAGAUUUUUUCAAGUCUGGAGCUGCUUCCAUGGAUGUGGUCAGGCUUGUAGAGGAGGUGAAGAUGCGUGUGAGUUCCUGCCAAUUACAAAACGAGGACAUCUACAUGAACACCACCUUCCAGGAGUUCAUCCAGCUGUGUGUUAGGAAGCUGCGAGGGGAGGACAGUGAAGACCAAUUAGUCAUCGACUACGUGGAGAAAAACAUCAACAACAUGACUGUGAAAAUGCCUCAUCAGCUGUUUGUCAAUGGAGAGUUUGUUGAUGCAGAGGGUGGAAAAACAUACAAGACAAUCAACCCCAAUGACGGCACAGCCAUCUGUGACGUGUCAUUGGCCCAGAUCAAAGACGUGGACCGUGCGGUGGCUGCUGCUAAGGAAGCGUUUGAAGAGGGAGAGUGGGGCAAAAUGAACCCAAGAGACAGAGGAAGACUCAUCUACAAACUGGCUGAUCUGAUGGAGCAGCAUCAGGAAGAGCUGGCCACCAUCGAGUCCAUUGACUCCGGAGCUGUUUACACUCUGGCCCUCAAGACUCACGUGGGCAUGUCGAUCCAGACAUUCCGCUACUUCGCCGGCUGGUGUGAUAAGAUCCAAGGCAGCACCAUCCCCAUCAACCAAGCUAGACCCAAUCGCAACCUCACCUUCACCAAAAAGGAACCGAUUGGGGUGUGUGCCAUUGUGAUUCCUUGGAAUUACCCAUUGAUGAUGCUGGCCUGGAAGACUGCAGCCUGCCUGGCAGCAGGGAACACAGUGGUCCUAAAACCCGCUCAGGUGACUCCACUUACAGCGCUGAAAUUUGCUGAGUUGGCGGCGAAGGCAGGAUUGCCUAAAGGCGUGAUUAAUAUUCUACCUGGAUCAGGUGCCCUGGUGGGUCAGCGUCUGUCCGACCAUCCCGACGUCCGAAAACUGGGAUUCACAGGUUCCACUGAAAUUGGUAAACACAUCAUGAAAAGCUGUGCAGUCAGUAACGUGAAAAAAGUGUCACUGGAGCUGGGAGGAAAAUCUCCUCUCAUCAUCUUCAGUGACUGUGACAUAGACAAAGCUGUACGCAUGGGUAUGAGUUCUGUGUUCUUCAACAAGGGAGAGAACUGCAUAGCAGCUGGCAGGCUAUUUGUGGAAGACAGUAUUCAUGACCAGUUUGUGAAGAAAGUGGUUGAAGAAAUGAAGAAGAUGAAGAUUGGUGAUCCACUGGACCGUUCCACAGAUCAUGGCCCUCAGAACCACAAAGCCCACUUAGACAAACUGGUAGAAUAUUGUCAGACUGGUAUCAAGGAGGGAGCCACGCUGGUGUGUGGUGGCAAACAGGUACAGCGACCAGGUUUCUUCUUUGAGCCCACUGUGUUCACGGAUGUGCAAGACCACAUGUACAUCGCACGAGAGGAGUCGUUUGGUCCCAUCAUGAUCCUGUCCAAGUUUAAGAGCGGUGACGUGGAUGAUGUCCUGCGAAGGGCGAACGCCACAGAGUACGGCCUUGCUUCAGGUGUUUUUACACGGGACAUCAGCAAAGCACUCUAUGUCAGUGAAAAACUCAACGCCGGCACAGUCUUUGUCAACACGUACAACAAGACAGAUGUGGCUUCACCCUUUGGAGGCUUCAAACAGUCUGGCUUUGGAAAGGACCUGGGUCAAGAGGCCCUCAAUGAAUACCUGAAGACCAAGGCUGUGACCAUCGAGUACUGAUUCUCUCCUGCCUCAAGACUGAGUCUUUGUUCUUAACAUGUAGUGCCAAUCACAUGCCUCGCUGCAACGGAUUGUCUUAAUGUGCUGUUGCGAUGCCGUUAAGUCAGGGGACACCUGUGAAAACAUGUACUGCAUCUAAAUAUGGCUUGCACUAGGUCUCAAGUGUCUUGAAAUCUGGAACAGAUGCACACUACCUUGAACCUUCUGAUUCUGCUGAGCUAAUCACGUUGGUACUUGAAUAACCCCAACCGCCAUUGGAAAGUAUCUGGAACUGCUGGACUUUAUAGACACCAUAAUGUCUACUGUAUAUCUGACCUCAGCAAUGAAACUGCAUUGAUUUGCACUAUGUGAUACAUUCUUUGAUACUGUGAAUAAAUAAAUACACUUACCACCAACCGCCUGAGGCGCCCGCAA